AUGGCUGCUUGGGCUGGAACGACAGUUCGAGGAUGCAAUACGAAGAUCGCCGCGCUAAACAGAACAUCUUCAUGGACUGCCGCUUUGGAGCUAGCAUUCGCAAUGCCAAAAAAGUCAGUGAAGCCGAACAUCAUUACGUACAACUCCGCCAUUCGUAGCUGUGGCCAAGGCAGGAACUGGCCAAUGUCCCUGUGGCUUUUUGCAUGCUUGCCAAAGCUGGGCUUUUCUCCCAACCAAGUCAGCUUCAACGUCAUGGUUCAAGCCGCUACAACAGCUCAUCGAUGGCAGCUGGCAGUGGCCCUAUUGGAAGCUGUCCCCAAAGGGACCGCACCCUCUCCGGUGAGCGUGGCAGCAGCAAUGUCUGCUUGCGAGCGGGCGUCUGAGUGGUGUGCAGCCCUCGCCAUUUUCUGCAAACACUUUUUGAUCGCGGACCUUGUUGUGUUCAGUGUGGCAAUUACGGCAUGUGAAAGGAGUUCCAGGUGGGCAGCUGCACUUUCUGUGUUGACAUCAGCCUGCCAGGCAACUUUGCAGCCAGACACCGCUUGCUUCAAUGGUGCGAUCAGUUCAUGUGGGAAAAGCAGCGCGUGGCAAUUUGCAAUCGCCUUGCUAUCAAGAAUGACACACCGAGAUGGCAUUACAUACAAUGCCAUUCUGGCAGCUCUAAGCAAAGGCAGUGUUUGGCGGCAAGCCGUUCGAAUUUUCCAUAUGUCUCAGCUCCUGGACAUUCCAAAGAUCUGUGCAGGCGGUAUGGCAACUGUGAUCUUGGUACAUCCUGGUACCUAUUGGUGA